AUGCCAAAAGAAAUGCGGAGCUGCAGCACGGCCUCGUCUGGAAGGAAGAGGAAAUAUGAUGAAGUGGAAUCAACAGAGAGUGAGAAAUUAUCGGGAGAGAAGACCAUACAUGGGAAAAAUAAGAAUGGAAAAGAAAAAAGAAGAUCCAUCAGUUUGUCUAAUGCUUUUUUCAGUGCAAAAAGUUUCGACAAAUAUGACAAUUCUUUUAAAUCAGUUAGGAGCGAUACAGCAGAAGAGGUGGGGAGAAAUUUGGAGAAAGAAGCAGAAACACCAUACUUAGCUGAUGGGGGAAGAAGUACAGGCAUAAUACGUGGAGAAGGUAUAAACAGAAGAGAAAGACUCAGAUCCAAGGCGCCAGUGAAUGAGACCCUUCUCCAUAUAAAGCGCUUUAAAUUAUUUCUUCUUAAAAAGUCAAUGGUAUACAAAAUUAGAUGUUUGAAUCAUAAUUCUACAUGGCUGUCUGAGCUUUCAAAGGGAGGAGGAAGAGGCAGGCGAGGAAAAGUAAACCGGGGAUAUGUGAAAAAGCGCUUAUUUGUCAACCCCUUUCCUACAUAUAAAGAAGUGGUUCGCUUGUACCAUGAAAAAAAAUAUAAAGAAGCCUACAUGAAGCUGAGUCUAAUUUCAGUUUAUUCCUUUUCAUCACCGGGGGAGGAAGACAUACUUAGGGAGAACUACUUCGAAAGGAAAAAUUACAAUUUGCAUUUCCUCAUGCGUUCGAUCAGAUCCAUCCAGAAGAUCAAUUCUCCUUGCAGUAAAGACAUUUUAAAAAAGAAGGAAAAGACAAAAAUCCAAAGGAAAGGUAAGAAAAAUUCCAUUUCCAUGAGAGCAUCCAAGGAGUACUCUAUUUUCGCUAACCAGAAAAGGGAGAAAAUUGUUGAUAAGGGGAGCACACUCCGAAUGUAUAUGGAAAAUGUGAAAAAGAAGAAAAAAGAAGAAGAGAAAAGGGAAAGAAAAAAAAAACGUAUUUUAAUGGUCAGGUACAAAUUUAUUAGGUACGAAAAUGAUGUAAAUAGAUGGUGUGAUAGGUAUCUGGAAAAUGGCAUAUUUGGAAUGAAGGGAACAGACGAAGGCGGGAAAGAAAAAAUGGAACGUUCUUCGUGCAUAAGGGGCGGGAAUAUUAUUACUCCAUAUGAACAUCCCUCUAAUACGCGUAGUAAAUCAGAAUCAAUGGAAAGGAAGAACUAUGAGAUAGUACCAUGCGGUAGUAACGUGUACAAGCCUAGUGACAACCUUUCUGAGGAGGUACCCCAUGGGGCAGCUCUUUCAGUUGGAAGAAAGAACGAUAAAACAAAGUACAGCUUCUUCUUAAGUGAGAAUGUAAAAAACCGCCAUAAGGUAAGAAGAAAAACGAAGGUAGACACAAAUUUGUUAAUCUUCCUAAAAAUGUUAUGUCUGUAUAGAUAUGCCUACUCCUUUGGGGAAAACAAAAUGUUAAGCUUAUGUGGGAAUAUUUUCGCUAAAGUACACACUAAUCGUUUCCAACCAAACGAACUGAAUUUUAUGACCCAAGCAGUUAGUAUAGGAAGCUCUUUGAAGAGAGAAAUACUAAUGUAUAUGGUUAAAUAUUUUAGGAAAGUCGAAAAAAUAAUUAAGCUCGACACGCACCUUUGUCUGCUACUAAGUGUUGUUUUCUACGAUUUGAAAAUUUUUCAUAAAAGUUUGUUGUAUGUGAGGAAAAGCAUCAGACGCGACUACUUUAACUUUGUGGCAUGGGUUCUUUUUAAUAAUUUAAUUUCUAUCGAGUUGUUCACUGGAGGUAGUUCACGAGAAUGUAAAAUGGGAAGAAGCGAAAGUGAGUUGUUAAGGAACCCCCCUAAGGGGGGUAGGCGCAUUUGUGGAAGUAGUUAUAAAUUCAUUUGUGAAGAGAAAAAAAGAUUUCGAGAAAAUUCCCAAAAGUUGAAAAAGCUGUGCAGUCAUUUGUUUAGGAAUGAAUAUUUUCAAAUCGGAAAAGGGGAUCUCCUAGAUGUGGCGGAACACUAUUCUAGGUACAUCUACAUGAACCCCCUGCGCUACUCGGGGGCAUCUUUUUUCUUCCGGAGUGGCUACUUUGUAAGUCGCGUAUUUAGCACGAUGGAAAAAGAUCAGUGUCCAUGGGAGGAGCGGCAAAGAAAGGAGAAUUGCGAACUCAGAGAGCGCUACUCAAGAAGAACCAAACUGCGGAACAAAAAGACAUGCCUCACAUUUUUCCAAAGAUACCAAGGGUACCUAAAAAGGUACAGAUUUAAAAGGAACCUCAUGUCGCUAUUCGGGUUCGCCCACUUUUGCUCUCUGAAUUGUUUGCUGUACAAAGAUUCCAUAAAGAUCUACAAACAUUUAAAGGAAAUUUUGCCGAACAACUUUUAUGUGUCCUGUGAGCUAGCCAAAUUGUAUUACUAUUGCGGUGAGACAAAAAAGAGUAUGAAGUGCUUUCACAAAAUGAAUCGCAUCUGCAGAAGAAAUAUCAUUUUGGAGAGAAGUUCUCUAGAAAGCUGUUGUGUUCGCUAUUUGCAAAGGAGGGAAAGAAGAGGGAAAAAGGGCAAGCGAGGACCACAGACAAGUGGUAACUGUCAACAAUGCGCUCAGAUAAUAAGUGCGAAGAAGUGUAUUGACAUGAAAAUGUUCUUGCUUCCAGAGUACUUCUCAAACCGUUUUAUAUAUUUAGAACUUUUAGUGAACAUGUUGGUGUGUGAAAACAACCUUCCCGCAUUGUUAAUUCUUCUACGGGAUUAUGAAAGAGGUAAGGGAGAGUGCACAGGUAAAAGCAGAAAUGAAAAGUAUGACUAUAAAUUAUGCUACAUCAUGGGGAAAUAUUUCUCCCUAUGCAAUAAUCGAAGGAAGUCCAUUCUUUGUUUCAAGGAAGGAAUUCAAAGAAAUAAAUUUGACAUGUUUUCAUAUAUGGCUUUGGCCCAGGAGUAUUUUUCCUGUGGGAAUGUGAACAGUUCUAUUGGGAUUCUGACGAAGGCAAUUAGUUUAUAUUUCAAUAACCCCAGUGCUUGGUUCAGCUUGGCGAAAUGUUUUGAAUGGAAAGAGAAUUAUCGAUUUUCCAUUUUUUCUUACGAACAAGCAAUAAACUUUCAGGAAAGUACCAUUUUUUAUUUCCAUCUGUCUAGUAUUUAUUUGAAAAAGGGAGAUGUGAACAGUUACAUAGACACUUUGAAAAAAGCGUGGGUAUUUAAAAAAGAUCCCUUCUUCGCCUCUAUGCUGUUUCUUAUAUACUUAUCAAAAUUGAAAGAACAAAAUAGAGGGUAUUCCUUCAUUGGGGAAGAGGCGGAGGAAGGAAAUGCUGCUUAUGGCUCUGAAAAAGAAAGGAGUAAUAAAAAUAUUUUCCUUUUUUAUGAAAAAAAUAAUGAAUGCUUCAGAUGGUGUGUCAAAUAUUUAAAGUGUUGCUUGAAUAAAAUGAAGAUAAUGCGGAGAUUAAAUCGAAUAGGACGCGUUUCGUUAGGGUCUAAAUUGGAGGAUGAAAAAGUUGGAAAGUAUCCCCAUUUGGGUAAAGCGCAACUGGACGAUAACAUGAAACAUGGAACCCACGAUAAAUGGGACAGUAAUUCCUUUUUAAAAAAUUUUAAAAAGAUAUUUGAAAAGAACACAAGUUAUUUCUGCUUUAUUCACUUUUUAAGAAACUCCUCCAAGAGUCUGUUUGAAGCUAUUUACUACUUGGCACAUUAUUUUUUUUUCCACAAAAAUUUUUACAAUGCGUUAAGGUUGUUUGAAGUUUUGUGGGAGGCAGGGGGGAUUUAUUCGGAAGCCUCCUUCAGGAUGUACAGGCACAUACAGAGAACGUUACGGAGGGGGAGGAAUAAAUUGGGGGAGAAAGCGCGAUAA